AGGGAAGGCGGGGCGUGUUUCCGGGCGGCACGGGAGGCUGGAGGGCUGGCCGUGCUGCCGCCGACAUGGAGACUCUGUACCGAGUCCCUUUUUUAGUGCUCGAAUGUCCCAACCUGAAGCUGAAGAAGCCGCCCUGGGUGCACAUGCCGUCGGCCAUGACGGUGUACGCCCUGGUGGUGGUGUCUUACUUCCUCAUUACCGGAGGAAUAAUCUAUGAUGUUAUUGUUGAACCUCCAAGUGUCGGCUCAAUGACUGAUGAACAUGGACAUCAGAGACCAGUAGCUUUCUUGGCUUACAGAGUGAACGGGCAGUAUAUCAUGGAAGGACUUGCGUCUAGCUUCCUGUUUACAAUGGGAGGUUUAGGUUUCAUAAUCCUGGACCGUUCCAAUGCACCAAAUAUUCCAAAACUCAAUAGGUUUCUUCUUCUCUUCAUUGGCUUUGUCUGUGUCCUGCUGAGUUUCUUCAUGGCUAGAGUAUUCAUGAGAAUGAAAUUGCCGGGCUACCUGAUGGGCUAGUGCCUUUUGAGAAGAAACCAGUGAAUCCUGGAUUGGCUCCUGUUAGUGAAACUUUUAAGGCUGAGCCACUCCCUUGUGCACUGUGGAGAAGAGUGAAGAGCAGAGUUGAACAGCGCUGAGUGACACCCUAGCAAGCAUAUGAAGGCUAGGCCUGGAAUUGAUGGUAUCAGAGACAAGUUCAUUACAGUAUUUUUCUGAUGACCUAUUCUGAUGUACCAACUAUGUUAAGUGGCAUUUUCUUCUUAGUUUUUUAUUUCCUAAAGAAAAUAGACUCCAUUUCUAAAACUUUGGUAUUGAAUAAAGUGAUUAUUUUUUACAACCCCCCUAUCAUUUUUUGGACAUGGUAUUUCUGAUUUUCAGAAAUUAAUACAAAUCGAGAGGUAUAUCGUGAGAGCCGAGAUUCUUGGACGACUGGUCAGUUCCUCCAGUGGUGCUUUGCCUUUAAACGGCGUGUGUGGUACUCUGCCGCUUCAGACACAUAUGGGAGACUUUCCUGGACAAUAUGAUGUAUGAAAGGAGCAGAAAUAAAUGAUUUUUCUAAUUAACAUUUUA